AUGAAAGAUUAUUUAAACUUUUCACAUUUUAAACUUAUAUAUCAAAUGAGUUAUAGAAAACCAAAUAACUUAAAGAAAACAUUACAAGAAGAAUUAAAUUUAUUGAGAAAUAAUCGUCGAAAUACAAGACAAAAAGAAAGAAGAAUACAACAAAUAGAAGAAGAAAUAAGAGAAAUAGAAGAAAAGAAAGAAGAAAAUAUCUUUCAUGAACAUACAUCAGAAGUUGAAAGAGAAAGAAACAAGAGAGAAGAAAGAGCAGAGAGAAGAAGAGCAGAAAGAAAAGAAGAAAGAAAAGAAAGAAAUAAACAAGAAGAAGAAAAUGAAAAUAUUAAAGAAAAAACAGCACUAAUAACAAUUAAUGAUAGAAUUAACAAUAUUAAUAAAAGAAAUCUAUUUCAUGAAAAUUCCAGUGAUGAAGAAUAUCAAAGAUCUAAAAGAGAAGAAAGAGCAAGAGAAAGAAAAGAAAAAAGAGAAAAAUUAUUAAAUAGAAACCGACAUAUUGAAGAAGAACAAGAAGAAGUUAAUCAGAAUGAACAAGAAAUUAAUCAAAAUGGAAAUUCUAAUGAUACAUCAAAUGAUGAAUUUCCAGAAAUAAUUCAAAAUGAAGAUAUUGAAAAUAUUCCAACACCACAAGAACAAGAAAUACUUCAAACGAUCGAAAGAAAUCCAAAAAGGUCUUAUGAAUUUUAUAAAUCAAAAUUAUUACAAAGCAAUGAAUAUUAUGAAAAAAAUGAAUGGGAAAAUAUCGUUAAAGAAACAAAAAGAGCAGUAAAAAUAUUAGAGGAAAAUAAACAACCAUCACAAGUUAUAAUACAUUUUGGAAAUGGACGUGUUAUAAUUAAACGACCAUUUAUGAUAAAUAUGGAAAAUGUUAAUAUUGAAGAAUUUAUAGGAAAGUUAAUUAAUUAUGAUGAAGAUAUUAGUGAAUUUUGGAAACGAUAUGAUGAUGAGGACAAUCCACCAAUCCCACCAGGAUUACUUGUAAGACAAAUUAUUGUAAAAAAGUUAGGAGAAGUAGAAAGAAAAAGAAUUGAAGGAGGAUUUUUUGGAUAUUAUUUAAAAGAAGAGUGGGAAUGUAUAGCAUCAAUAUUUGAAAAAUACCAAAUUUAUACAAAAAAUACUAUUCGUCUUAGCGAAAAUUGUUUUGUUAAUUGUUUAAAAGAAUCAGGAGUAAUUGAUGAUAUAAGUCUUGAAACAAUUAGAAGUAUGAUAAAAGGACAAACAAUUAGCAAAAAGAACAUUAAAAAGAUAUGUGAAAAGUAUGGAUUUAGAGUUGAAUUAAAAUAUUAUAGAGAUAAAGAAGAAAAAGUUAUUAAAAAAGAAAUAAUUGGAACAGAAGGAAAUAUAAUUCGUAUGUUUUUAUUUAGAUGGAAGAAUGGACAACAUUAUAUUAAUAAUGAGAAAAUACCAUUAACAACAUUUUUCAUUAAAAAUUUUAAAGAAAUAAAGAAAUAUUGUGAAGAAAAUAAUAAAAACAUUAACAAAUAUUAUUUGACAUAUAGAAAAAGAAAUGGAUGUUACGAAACAUUAUUACAAAGACAACUAAAAGCAUUUAGAGCAAUACAAAUAUUAAAAGAAGAAGGAGCAUUUGAAGAAAUUAGUAAAGAAGAUAUUAUAACACAACACCUUUAUGAUGCUGAUAAACUUCAAGUUAAACUUACAGAAAUUACACCAUAUGAAUACAAAAUAUGUGAAAGUAAAGAAAUAAGAGAAAUGGAAUAUGAGAAUGUAUUUUAUGCAGAUUUUGAAUGUAUGGUAAAAGGAGAACAUCAUAUUCCAUUUUGUGUUGUUGUAAUUGAUAAGAAAGGAGUAUGGAAUACAUUUUAUGGACUAAAUUGUGGAAAAGAAUUUAUAGAAUAUUUAUCUAAUUUUAAAAAUCCAAUAUGUUAUUUUCAUAAUCUCGGAUAUGAUGGGAGAUUCUUGGCACAAUAUGGAAUAAUUGGGAUUACUAGAAAAGGGUCUAAUAUUUAUAAUAUGGUUAUAAAAACACAUAAAGGAAAGAAAAUAAUAUUCAAAGAUACAUUAGGACUUAUUCCAACUUCAAUAUCAAAUUUUAAAAGAUUCUUUAAUUUAGAAGGAGAAUAUGAAAAAGAAAUAUUUCCAUAUAAUUAUUAUGAUUAUAAUACAUUAGAAGUAGGAACAAUAGAAGGAUGCUGGAAUAAUGAAACACCAAAAUGGGAAGAAAGUAAAAUAAAAGAAUUUAAAGAGAAGAUAAAUAAAACAGGAUGUUUAUUAGAUAAUGGGAAAUUUAAUACAAGAAAAUAUUGUGAAUAUUAUUGUAAAAGAGAUGUUGAGGUAUUAAGAAAGGGAUUUAUGAAAUUUAAAGAAAUGACUAAGAAGAAUUUGGAAUUAGAAUGUGAAGCAUUUUCUACAAUUAGUGCAUUAUCAUAUUAUUAUUUCAAAACAAAAUGUUUUAAUGAUGGAAGGAUUUUUGAAUAUAGUGGAUGUUUAAGAGAUUUUAUAAGACAAGCAAUUAUAGGAGGAAGAAAUAUGACAAAUCAAAAUCUUAAAUGGAAAGUUAAAGAAGACAUAGUAGAUUUUGAUGCAUGUUCACUAUAUCCAUCAGCAAUGAAAAGAUUAUUAAUUCCUACUGGUUAUCCUAAAAUGAUUACACAAUCCAUUCAAUUCAUAUUUGAACAUUUAAUGGAUGAACAACAAAUGAUACCAACCAAUGAUAAAUUCAUAUCAUAUUUUGUAGUUCGUAUAAAGAUUAAUAAAGUAGGAAAAAUAAGAAAGAUGCCUAUAAUAGUUAAAAAAGUAAAAGGAAUUAAUGAAUAUGUAAAUGAAUGUCUGGAAAUGGUAGUUGAUUCUAUUUAUUUAGAAGAUUUAAUAAAAUAUCAAGAAAUAGAAUAUGAAGUAAAAGAAGGAAUAUAUUGGGAAGGAGAGAAAACCGAUUUAUUAAGUAAAGAAAUCGAAAAUAUAUACAAUAUAAGAGCUAAUAUGAAGAAAGAAAAGGAUCCAAAUGAAAUUAUAUAUAAAUUAGUAAUGAAUAGUUCAUAUGGUAAAACUAUUCAAAAACCAAUAUUAAAAGAAACAAAAUUCUUUAGAUCACAGAAGAAAUUUGAAACAUAUUGGGUUAGAAAUUAUACUGAUGUUCUUUAUGGAGAACCAUUAUUUGGUUCAGAAAUAUGGAUUAUGGAAAUUAAAAAACAAAUAGAUGAUUUCUAUGUUCCUGACAUUAUAGGAGCACUCAUUCUAUCAAUGUCUAAAAGAAUUAUGAAUGAAUUAAUCUAUUUAUGUGAAGAUAAUAACAUAUUAGUGUAUUAUCAAGACACUGAUUCUAUUCAUAUUAGGAAAAGAGAAUUAAAAUUAUUAGAAGAAAUUUAUUAUAAUAAAUAUCAUAGAAUAUUAGUAGGUACUCAAAUGGGACAAUUUCAUUCUGACUUUCCUAAAGUAAAAGGAAAAGAUAGUUGGGCUAAAGAAUCAAUCUUCUUAGGAAAGAAAGCAUAUUUAGAUAUUCUUACGAAUGAAGAUGGAGUUGAAGAAUAUUUAAUAAGAAUGAAAGGAAUACCAGCAAGUGUUAUACGAGGAGAGGCUAAAGAAAAAUUUGAAGGAGAUGUUAAAGCACUUUAUGAAUAUUUAUAUGAAGGAGGAGCACUUAGUUGUGAUCUUUCAAAAUAUGGACCUCAUUUUAUCAUUGAAAGAGAUUUUAAAGUCUCUACAAAUGAAAACUUUAAAAGAACAAUUAAAUUUUAA